CAUUGAUUAGUCGCCCCACAGUGUGAAGCAGAGGAAUUUCUGGGUGCAGAUAUAGGACCACUCCUCUCUCUCUCUCUCUGCAUACCAUUUUCUCUCUCCUCUCUCUCUCUCUCCACAGUAGAGGGGCUCGGCGGUGGUGAGGAGGAGGAGGAGGAGGAGGAGGAGGGGGAGGGUGGUCUUUGCAGUCGACGAGAGGAGGAACAGGAGUUUAUUGAGGGAGGAAAAAAAAAAAACGCAUGAGCACCGUUGCUUUGCGGAUGGAAAAGAGAGAAAAGGGAAAAGAUUGAGCUCGGACGACGCUCCGAAACUGCUGCUCGGAUUGUUUAACUUGUUGAUGCGACGUUAUUCUACUGUGUUUUCCCCCCUCUGUCGUCUGGCUGCAGUGACAGAUAGAUGGGUGGCGGAAUCGCAAUCCGAGGAUUUUAUGAAACUCACCGUGGAUUAAAAAGCAGCCUUCCCUAAGAUGCGAUCCAUCUCUGAGCCGUAGCACUGUGAUAACCGGAGCAAAAGGGGGGGGUUUUUGUAUUAAAAACCACCACUACAGACAGAGGCCAGCAUGGCAGCAGGUGUAGCCGCGUGGCUCCCGUUCGCCCGGGCGGCCGCCAUAGGAUGGAUGCCCGUGGCGAGCACCCCGAUGCCCAUCCCUCCGCAAGACAAGAAGAAAGGCAAGGACGGGCUCAUCAUCCUCAACGUGAGCGGCACCAAGUUCCAGACGUGGCGGACCACUCUGGAGAGGUACCCGGACACUUUGCUCGGGAGCACCGAGAGGGACUUCUUCUUCCACGAGGAGACGAACGAGUACUUUUUCGACCGUGACCCGGACAUCUUCAGACACAUUUUGAAUUUCUACCGCACUGGGAAACUACACUAUCCGCGCCAAGAGUGCAUAGCUGCUUACGAUGAAGAGCUCGCCUUUUUUGGCAUCAUCGCGGAGAUCAUUGGAGACUGUUGCUACGAGGAGUACAAGGACCGGAGGAGGGAGAACGCGGAGCGGCUCCAAGACGACGAGGAGAUGGACCAGAGCAAUGACGCACCGCCGGUCAACCUGUCGUCCAGGGAGUUCCUGUGGCGCGCUUUUGAAAACCCGCACACCAGCACCAUGGCUCUGGUCUUCUACUAUGUCACGGGCUUCUUCAUAGCCAUCUCGGUGAUGGCCAACGUGGUGGAGACGGUGCCGUGCGGCGCUAUGCCCAACAGGUCCAAGGAGCUGUCCUGCGGUGACCGUUACGCGCUGGCCUUCUUUUGUUUGGACACUGCGUGCGUAAUGAUAUUCACGGUGGAGUAUCUCCUCCGUUUGAUAGCCGCACCGAGCCGCUACAAGUUCAUGAAGAGUGUGAUGAGCGUCAUCGACGUGGUGGCCAUCAUGCCUUACUACAUCGGCCUGGUGAUGACCGACAACGACCAGGUGAGCGGCGCCUUCGUCACGCUCCGAGUCUUCCGGGUCUUUCGGAUUUUCAAGUUCUCCCGACACUCCGCGGGGCUGCGCAUCCUGGGCUACACCCUGAAGAGCUGCGCCUCCGAGCUGGGCUUCUUGCUCUUCUCCCUCACCAUGGCCAUCAUUAUCUUUGCCACGGUCAUGUUUUAUGCAGAAAAAGGCUCCACAGCCAGCAAGUUCACCAGUAUCCCCGCGGCGUUUUGGUACACCAUUGUCACCAUGACAACACUGGGGUAUGGCGACAUGGUGCCAAAAACAAUCGUGGGGAAGGUGUUUGGGUCCAUAUGCUCUCUGAGUGGGGUGCUGGUCAUCGCCUUGCCUGUCCCUGUCAUAGUGUCAAACUUCAGCCGUAUCUACCACCAAAGCCAGCGGUCAGAGAAGCGACGAGCCCAGAGGAAAUCUCGCCUUGCUAGAAUCCGUGCUGCGAAGAUUCGAGGCACUAAUGCCUAUAUGCGCUACAAACAAAAUGGGCUCCUGAUCAACUCACUGGUGGAGGCCUCCAAGGAGGCAGGACAAGCCCUGGUGGCGAAGGCCCCCAGCCCUCCUUUUGAGAGCCAACAUAAUCACCUGCUUCACUGCCUGGAGAAGACCACGAAUCACGAGUUCGUGGACGAGCAGACGUUUCAGGCCAACUGCAUGGAGAUCUCCGUGAUGAACAAGUCGGGGUCCCGCACGUCCUCGAUGUCCUCGUCUCCGCACGGCCUCAGCUCAUGCUGCUCUCGGCGCCACCGGAAGAAGAGCAGCUUCAGCCUGCCCAGCACAAACAACCAGGAGCUCAGCACCAUCCAGAUCAGAGAGAGGCCCGUGGCCAACAGCCGCUCCAGCCUGAACGCCAAACUUGACAACACUAUGCCCUUGAAAUGUGACAAACCUUACAUCACCCCUUCCAUGGUCAGCCUAUCUGCGCCGGUGGUGACCUCAUCGGACGGCCACGGCUCCACCACCACCAUCGCAUACUCUCAGAGCAACAUUGUUCGAGUAUCUGCCUUGUAGAUGUCACGCUUAUCUGAUCAGCUAACUGGUCUCGAGAAGCACCGGAUGCUGAGGAGAGGGACCACCGAGCAUCAACCUGCCAUAAUCUAGAGGGAUUAUAAGAUUAGCAAGAAGUCUGGUUUUUUUUGAAGUAGUGAUCUCAUCUGAUGUCAAACUCUGCAUGGGACUAGAAUGAUGUGGACGGUUGCCUUGGGAAUACAAGCGAACCAGCAGAUCUUGCUCCAUUUAAGCACAGCAGAGCAAGGAAGUGUUGGAGAUUGCGUGGUUAUCGUUGUUGCCUAAAGAAAAAAACUUUAUUUUUGAAUAUGUAAUGUAGUUGUAUUUGUGGUCUUCUGAUUCAAAGGAGGAAAGGCAGUCAUUCCUGAUGGCCUCUGAUGACAAAGCACACAUACUCAUUAACCCGAGGGCCAUCUUUGUGAAUAUUAAAUCAUCUACUUACUCAUUAGAAGCACUCACUUCACUCACCACCUGGUUAAAUAGAUUGUUUUGAAACCCCCCAAUUAACUUCUUUCUAAUAGUCCCCUCACUGUUGUAAAUUCAGGAAACAUACAUCCACAGGAAUGGAUAGCUGUUGUGAAUAUUCAUUAACGGACUCAUGAACUGGUUGGUGUCAACGCUUGAGGAGUAAAAUAUACUACACAUCCUGACAUGUUUGUGAAACGUGCAAGUGAAAACAACAAAAUCUGUGUUUGCUUACAUAUUUGACAUUCUGAUAUGGAUCUAUGUGGACGCCACUGUUAUUAAUUAACAAUAUAGAGAACUAUACAGGGUAGAUAUUAGUUAGGUCACGAGGUAAAACUAUAAGUGAACUAAUACUAACCCUAAUGUGGACGCAUAGCAUCAACCUGAAACACCAUAUGAAAGAGUGUUGAACAUCAAUCCCAAUGAGUUGCUCUUAAAUUAUAAGAUUAUGCGAGACUUGGUAGAUUUCACUGUGUUAAAGGGCCAUUUUGUACAUUUUUCAUAUUGUAAAUAACUCUGUUAAGACUUUAUCAACUGCAAUUUGAAGUUCUUAUUUCUAGAUUUAGUUGACCGUCGUUGGCAUACUAUUUCUGUCUGUUUACUGGUUGAAUUAAGGAUUUGCAUGCUGUCAUUGCAGAAUUCUGUUUUAUUAAUUAAAAGUAUGUCUUCUUGUUGGAGGUUUGUCAGUAAAAAUGAUGGAAGGAAACACAGCGAGGCCGGUAUGUUACCAUGUAAAUUCCGCAACACUUUGCUUUUAUUGAAAUGCAAAUCUUGUCAUGGAGUACAUAUAUAAGGGGGUAAGGAAAAGGGACAAAUAAUCACACAUUGUGCAUUUGGUGCAGUGGAUAGAAUAAAUACUGUAGCUCUACUGGAACAUC